AUGCAAUCUCACGAGACCAACCUAGAUGAGAAGGAUAUGAAGGAAGGGGGUGAGUCAUUUGGCCGGGACCUCGAUCUUGGCCAAGUGCUCGCUAUCCAACCAACGACUCAGGAGGAGCGGAAGGUGUUAUGGAAACUCGAUCUUAUUCUGGUCCCGUUGAUGGGAGUCGCAUAUUUCCUCCAAUUCCUCGACAAGCUCGCUCUGAGUCAGUCGACACUGUUUGGUUUACGACAAGAUUUGAACUUGAAAGGAGCAGAAUAUUCAUGGGCAUCUGCGGUCUUCUAUUUUGGUUACUUUGCCUGGAGUUGGCCUAGUUCAUAUAUUAUGGUCCGACUUCCCAUUGGGAAAUAUAUCUCGGUUUCAGUUUUCCUUUGGGGUGGGGUCCUAAUGUGUCAUGCUGCGUGCUCCAGUUGGAGUGGACUUAUGGCCGUGCGUUUCUUCUUAGGCGUAGGCGAGGCGGCAAUUGCCCCAGGAUUCACCUUGCUCACGGGAAUGUUUUAUAAACGUGAGGAGCAGCCUCUACGACAAUCUGCCUGGUUCUUUGGAAACUGCAUUGCUGUCCUCCUUGGUGGAGUGAUUGCCUACGGUAUUGGAACUAUUAACACGACGGUCAUUGCCCACUGGAAACUCUUGUUCCUUAUUCUCGGCACCAUCACUUCAACUUAUGGGCUUGUGUUAUUUGCCUUGCUGCCGGACUCGCCUGCUAAGGCGAUAUUUUUGAAGCCCAAUGAGCGUGCUAUUGCUAUUCAGCGCACGCUAAAGAACAAAACUGGAGUCAUGGACACCGGCGUGUUCAAGUGGUCACAGGCACUUCAAGCCAUCAAAGAUCCCCAGACGUGGCUUUUGGUUCUCAACUCUUUCGCCUCGAACCUGGCCAACGGUGGUCUUACUAGCUUUACGUCAAUUAUCACCGCUGGGUUCGGGUUCACUGAUCUUAAGGCCCUUAUUAUGCAAAUGCCUCAGGGCGCUGCCCAGAUCGUGUUUUUGCUGAUUACCUCCAUCGCCGCGACCUUUAUUCCAUCCUCCCGUAUAUUAGGAAUGUGUUUCAACACGAUCACUUCUAUUGUGGGACUCAUCCUCAUCUGGAAGCUUAACCCCGACGAUCAAGCUGGGAAAAUGACUGGGUUGACGUUAGCUGUCGUCUACGCGAUCAACCUCCCUAUCUCCUUGAGUAUUGUUACAUCUAAUGUGGCCGGAUUCUCGAAGAAGAGCGUCGUGAGUUCGUUGCUUUUCAUCGCAUACUGCGUUGGAAAUAUUGUUGGCCCUCAAUUUUUCUUGGCCUCGGAGGAGCCAUCGUACCCAACUGGCAUUAAGGCUUCUAUGUCAGGUUUGAUUUUGAGCCUUUUCUUCCUUCUGUGCUUAUACUCUUACUACACGUGGGAAAACCGUCGACGCGACAGGUUGUAUGGUUCGUCUGAGCAGAUUACCGUGGGGGCUGAGUUACAGGAUGAGCUAUCUAACAAGACCGAUCGUGAGAUUGACAGUUUCCGGUAUCUUCUUUAG